AUGCCUUAUAUACCUUACGUUGUUCCUAAGUAUAAGUACUCUCUAAUAUUUAUUCUAGUACUUGCGAUAUUUAUUGCUGUCAAUUUUGCCUCUCCAACUUAUGAAUUAAAUAGUCAAAUUGAAGAACCAAAAAACGAUCAACCGAAAAAUGAUCAACCAAAAGAGGAACCAAAAAAUGAUCAACCAAAAGAGGAACCAAAAAAUGAUCAACCAAAAGAGGAACCAAAAAACGAUCAACCAAAAGAGGAACCGAAAAAUGAUCAACCAAAGGAGGAACCAAAAAAUGAUCAACCAAAAGAAGAACCGAAAAAAGAUGCGCCAAAUAACG